GUCAACAUGGAAGCUGCAAGUUGCAUCCCGCGGUGUGCUGGAUGUGCCAUGGGAGGCUCGACGAAGUAACAUCAUUCGAGUGACUCGACAGGAAUGUGAUGAAUGUUCCACCUUGGAAGAUCUCUACAGGGACAACAAUUUGGUUUUCCUUCUUUUCCAUGAGCGGAAUCUCGUGUCGCACCAUGCGUACAAGGGUGCCAUCGUUGCGGGCUUUCACGAGGUGUGUAAGGAUCUUCGCUGGUCUAAGGUUACUUGUGGCAUCGUGGACAUGAUAGAGGACAGGGCAUACGCUGAGAAAUACAUCGAUCCCAAGACGGCUCCUGCGCACAUUGCCGUGCAAGCUGGCGAGCCGGUGCCUUCAAAGAAGGAAUGGAUCCAGAAGCUCUUGGACAAACCUGGAGACAAGGGCACUAUGCUCUGGCACUUAAAGCAGCAGCUGGUGCCGGAAGAGUUGGGAGAAGCCCUGCACAUCUCCAUGGAGAUAGCAAGACCGGACCAGCUGGAGCCCCUGGCCAAGAAGCACGAGGUCCUCCUCGUGGCCAACCUGGCAGCACAGGGAGGCGCCUCACGGGCGUCGGUUGAGUCUUUUCGCGCCUUUGCGCAGCAGCUGUUUCUACUGGGAAAAGUGCCUGCCCAAGUCCCUGUCAGCCAGAAGACGGGUGCUUCAAAGAAAGCAGGCAAGAAGCAGCAGCAGCUGCGUCAGAGGGCGCGGCCUCUGUUUGUGGCCUUGACGCAGGAUUCAUCGUCAGUGCCAGUGCCACGUGGCCAGAUGGCCGCCUUUGUCGGUGGCAAGAGCCAGCGCGCGCAUGAGCUCAAGGCAUGGGACGGUGUGGAGAACCUGAAGCUAAUGGAGGACGUUGCACUUGCAGCGAUCAGUGCCAUACCAGCUGGAAAGGUGUUGACAGACAAGGUCUCAGAUCUCUGA